GGCAAAAGUGUUAAACUCAGCACGCUUCCACAUAAGAGGUUCACAAUGCGCACAUUGAGAUAAGACACGAAAGCUACAUAAGUCGGGCAUGAGGUAUGGCUUUUGAAUAGCGCGCCACUUGUUGACAUUGCUGUGCUGUGGUGUGGUGGAGGUGAGAUUCGGUACGAAACCAAUCAAUACCCUGUAAAUGCAAUAAUUCAAAAUGCUCCCUUGCCCCCACUUACCCUCGCCGACAAACCAAAGAUGCUUUGAUGAAGGCCAUUUGCAGACGCCAGUGGUACGUGCAUGCGUCCCCAAUAAAGCCUCCGCGUGGCACAUGCCGCAGCACUUCUCACGUGCCUGAAGCGGCACAGAUUCGUACACACCGCCAUCAACAUGAUGAAUACUACUUAUUACGAAUGUGAUAUGUUGAGCAGAUUUUUAAUUCUUGCACCGGUGCGCACUUUACAUAACCGUUUAUUUAUCCGAAUGAUACACUUGCAAAUUUUGGACUCGACUCUUCUGCUUCGCCAGCUCAGCUCCGCGUCUUCACCCUGGCCAACGGGCAUUCAGACCCGAACCCCCUGUGCGUACUGGGAGGGUAACAGAACAUUACAUGUGCGCAUGUUCGUGAGAAUUUGUAUUGCCAAAAGGGCCGGAAAAGCUGCCAAGGCCGAAAAAACCUAGAUAAAUUGGAAAUUAAAUAAAAAAAAACAAGGCCGAAUUUCAUGGUAACAGCUGUUCGAUUUUGCCAUUCGAAACAUUGUACAGCACUGGCGGGCGCAACCGGUGUUCAACACUGACGCAAUUUUGUGCAUUUGGAAACGAGACUAUUGAGCAAGGAUGUCUCGCAGUGCCCGCCCACUUACCUCAGCACGCGUGCUCCACAAGAUUAAGGCGCUGACCACCCCGCAAGGCAAUGAAGGAUUUGUGGUCAACCGGAAUCCCAGGAAUCUGGAAAGGCUGCGCAUUGCGUACAAGCCCAGCGGCUACCACUUGGAGAAACCAGGUCGUUCCUACUGGCACACGCUCGAGAUCAACACCAGCGGUCGUUAUGUCAGCGCCGACGUGAAGCACUACGAGAACGGCACCAUUCUGAGCGCCAGCACCGCCGAAUGGGCCAUCAAACAGCAGCUGUAUAAAACCAACGACACCUCGGCAUUUGUGAAUCUGGGUCGUGUCCUAGCACACCGCUGCCUCCAGUCGGGCAUCACCGAGAUGACGUGCAAUGUGGAUGCAGUGGCCGGCAGCAAACUUAACAAAAUGCUCCAAACCAUCCAGGACAAUGGGGUGUCAUUCAAGGAGCCCACACGAUUGGUGAACAACCAGCCCUGGGAUGCGUACCGACAUGAAAAGCCCUGGGAAGUUUCAGAGCAAUCAAUUCCUGCGACCCCCUUGAAAACAGUCGAAACCAAAUCAAAACAAAAGUGAAAAGCAUUUGGGUUUAGUUUUUGUAUCGUUGAGAAUAAACGUUCAUUUUGUUAU